GGGGAGAGACAGACCUGGGAAACACAGUGCUCCUGAGAGAAGGAUGCCACAGCUGAGCCUGUCCUGGCUGGGCCUGGGCCACACAGCAGCCUCUCCAUGGCUGUUGCUGCUGCUGGCUGGGGCCUCCUGCCUUCUGGCUUACAUCCUGACACCAAUUUAUGCUGUUUUUGAGAACUCUCUUCGCCUCCGCUGUUUCCCACAGCCCCCCAAACGGAACUGGAUCUUGGGACACCUAGGCCUGAUCCAGAGCUCAGAGGAAGGACUCCUGUACAUCCAGAGCCUGGUGCGGACCUUCAGGGAUGCAUGCUGCUGGUGGGUGGGGCCGUUGCACCCUGUCAUCCGCAUAUUCCACCCUGCUUUCAUCAAGCCUGUGGUCUUGGCUCCAGCUUUAGUUGCCCCCAAGGACACAGUCUUCUACCGUUUCCUGAAGCCGUGGCUAGGGGAUGGCCUCUUGGUGAGUACUGGUGACAAGUGGAGCCGCCACCGUCGCAUGCUGACACCUGCCUUCCAUUUCAACAUCCUGAAGCCCUAUGUGAAGAUUUUUAAUGACAGCACCAACAUCAUGCACGCCAAGUGGCAGCACCUGGCCUCCAACGGCAGUGCCUAUUUGAACAUGUUUGAACACAUCAGCCUCAUGACCCUGGACAGUCUGCAGAAGUGUGUUUUCAGCUUUGACAGCAAUUGCCAGGAGAAGCCUAGUGAAUACAUCAAUGCCAUCUUAGAACUUAGUGCCUUAGUGGCCAGAAGACACCAGAGGCUGCUUCUGCACGUGGACCUGUUUUAUUACCUCACCCAUGAUGGGAUGCGCUUCCGGAAGGCCUGCCGUCUAGUGCAUGACUUCACUGAUGCUGUCAUCCGGGAGCGGCGCCGCACCCUCCUUGAUCAGGGUGCUGAUGAUGUCCUCAAGGCCAAGGCCAAGGCCAAGGCCAAGACUUUGGACUUCAUUGAUGUGCUGCUGCUGAGCAAGGAUGAACAUGGAAAGUCUCUGUCUGAUGAGGACAUCCGAGCGGAGGCUGACACCUUCAUGUUUGGAGGCCAUGACACCACGGCCAGUGGGCUCUCCUGGAUCCUGUACAACCUGGCGAGGCACCCAGAAUACCAGGAGCGCUGCCGGCAGGAGGUGCGGGAGCUCCUGAGGGACCGCGAGCCUGAGGAGAUUGAAUGGGACGACCUGGCCCAGCUGCCAUUCCUCACCAUGUGCAUUAAGGAGAGCCUACGGCUGCACCCUCCGGUCACUGCAAUCUCCCGUUGCUGCACUCAGGACAUUAUGCUCCCAGAUGGUCGGGUCAUCCCUAAAGGUGUCAUCUGCCGAAUAAGUAUUUUCGGGACACAUCACAAUCCAGCUGUGUGGCCAGACCCGGAGGUCUAUGACCCCUUCCGCUUUGAUGCAGACAACGUCAAGGGCAGGUCACCCCUGGCUUUUAUUCCCUUCUCGGCUGGGCCCAGGAACUGCAUAGGACAGACUUUCGCCAUGAGCGAGAUGAAAGUGGCACUGGCGCUGACUCUGCUGCGCUUCCGCGUUCUGCCGGAUGACAAGGAGCCCCGCAGAAAGCCAGAGCUGAUCCUGCGCGCAGAAGACGGGCUGUGGCUGAAGGUGGAGCCGCUCAGCGCAGGCGCGCAGUGAUCUCUGAGCUGGCGUGGGGCGGCCCUAUCCAUCCACCCGCCUGUGCCUUUCCAGGAAUAAAAUUCUCUUGUCACCUUG